AUUUUUUAAAUUUCGAGGCGGAGUCUCGCCGGUUGUCCAGGCCAGGCUUGCCUUGGAGACCCUCCCGCCUCGGCUGCCCCGCGCGCCAGUAUUGCGCGCACCGCAUGCUCAGGGCGCUCCCGGCCCUGCGCCCCCGCUCCGCUCCCGCCCCGGCCCGCAGGGAGGAGCCGGCGUCCGGGCUGCGGCUGGCGCGUCGCGGCCCCGCUCCUCCUCCUCUCCCCCCCCCAUGCCCGGCGCGCGGCCCCGCUGAGCAGGAGCCGAGCAGGAGGACGAGGCGGCGCCUCUCGGGCCAUGGCUGCCCCGCCGCCCGCCUCCGAGGACGCCGCGCUGUCGCUGGGCCUGGCGCGCACCAAGGCCCGCAGCUACGGCAGCACCGGCCGCGCGCGCGCCCUGGGCCACGGGGACCACGUGCGCCUCGUGCAGCACCGCGUCCGCGCCGGGGACACGCUGGCCGGGCUGGCGCUCAAGUACGGGGUCACGAUGGAGCAGAUUAAAAGGGCCAAUAAACUGUUCACCAGCGACUGCAUAUUCCUGAAGAAAACCUUGAACAUCCCAGUUGUAUCAGAGAAGCCUUUGUUGUUCAAUGGACUGAACUCGCCGGAUUCUCCAGAAAACGAAGCUGAGGACAGCAGUUUUCCUCCUGGAGAGCAACUGGGGAUGGCAGAGGAUGAGUUCCCUCCUCCCAGUCCCCAGGAAUCAGCCCCUCGGCCGGAGGAGGUGUCGGCCAGGGACUUCCUGGACAGGCUAGACCUGCAGAUCAAGCUGUCCACGCAGGCAGCCCAGAGGCUGAAGCGGGAGCCCAGGGAGAAAGAAAGUCCCUAUGCAGCUUCUCUCUAUCACAGUUAGGCGGCCGGAUGCCAGGAGACAUCAGAUCCUAAUUCAUCGGGACAGACUCGGGGAGAACUGGGAUCCCGCAGCCCAGCAGGCUGCACCUGCCACCUCCUUCCCAGCUUCCUGCGAUUUCCAGCCUUGUCAUGGCAUGGUAUCGACUGUGCACCCUAACGCCCAUCCCUUCUCUAGCUGUUGGCAGUUUUCAGCCUGGCUUUUAUACUUGCUGGUGGGUUUGGUCCCAAGAGGUUACACAUAUACACCGAAGACAAUGUUUGUCUCCUCACAAAACUCAGAUUUUGUGAAAACCCUGGUGGCUGGUGAAGGAAUGCUGCAUUGCUGUGUGUUUAUAACAAAUGCUAUUUAGGUAUUAUAUUUCAGUGUGUGUUACAUGUUCCAUCAAUGGAAAGAGUCAAAUUUUUGUCUGCUAUUUUGUAAAACUUAACUAUGAGAGUCUGAAUGAGAAAAUAAACUAUGUUUUCAUAUUUGA